CGAUUAUCCGGACCUGAUCCUCUCGUUCAUUCGUGUAUUAGCCUCCUGAGUUCCCCGUUCCACAAAUCAGAAAUGGCGGUUAACAGUUGUACCUGCGCAUCUAUUCCACCUCUGCUCUCCUCCAAAUCCCAUCACUCUAACCCUCCUCGAUUCCACCCGCACACCAAUUUCCCUAAAUUCGACCGUUGCAGUUUUCCGACCGUUAGUUGGCGCCAAAACCUUGGCAGUCUCAGUACCUCCGACAGUCGGCUCGUAAGAGCCUCCGCCUCCGCCUCCAACUCCGGCUCCGACUCUGAGAGCAGAGAGCCCAUGCUUCCUCCUUACAAUGUGCUCAUCACCGGCUCAACGAAAGGUAUAGGAUAUGCUCUAGCCAAAGAGUUUCUAAAAGCAGGGGAUAACGUCGUAAUUUGCUCAAGAUCAGCUGAACGUGUUAAUGCUGCUGUUCAGAGCCUUAGGCAGGAUUUCGGGGAGCAGCAUGUGUGGGGUACUAACUGUGAUGUUAGAGAAGGGCAGGAUGUGAAAGACUUAGUUGCUUUUGCACAAAAAAACCUUAAGUACAUUGAUAUAUGGAUUAAUAAUGCAGGAUCAAAUGCGUAUAGCUAUAAACCACUGGCAGAGGCUUCAGAUGAAGACCUUAUUGAAGUCGUUACUACGAAUACGCUUGGUUUGAUGUUAUGUUGCCGUGAGGCAAUAAAAAUGAUGUUCAACCAGCCUCGAGGUGGUCAUAUUUUCAACAUUGAUGGAGCUGGUUCCGAUGGAAGACCAACCCCAAGGUUUGCAGCAUACGGGGCAACAAAGCGUAGUGUGGUGCAUUUAACAAAAUCAUUGCAGGCAGAACUGCAGAUGCAGGAUGUCAAAAAUGUUGCAGUGCAUAACCUUUCACCAGGAAUGGUUACAACUGAUCUUCUCAUGUCUGGUGCAACUACGAAGCAGGCAAAGUUUUUCAUUAAUGUUUUGGCAGAACCACCUGAAGUGGUCGCUGAGUACCUGGUUCCGAAUAUAAGAUCGGUCCCUGCCAAUGGAUCAAUGAAGCCUACAUACAUUCGUUUCCUAACUGGGAUAAAAGCCUACUCCCAGAUAUUUUCAAGAUUUGCUUUUGGAGCAAGAAGAAACAGGUAUGUACUUGAAGACUGAAUAGCAUCCUUAAUGUAUCUUUUUAUCCGACUUUUCAAUGUAAAUUACCAAUUCUGUAUAACAAUAUUUUCAAACAUUUUUUGAAGUUUAACAUAUUUUGGUUAGGUAUAUGUUUC